AUGAUUCGUGGAUGUCCUCAGCUACUCACCAUCGACAUAUCAUGGACGGACAUCUCUGAUGCUGGGCUGCAGGCACUCAGUAAAGGAUGUCCGCGUCUGCGCGCCAUCAUAGCCAAGGGCUGCCACUCGAUAACGGACGAGGGUCUACGAUGGGUCGGGCAGCACUGCAGGGAUCUACGACUGCUGAAUCUACACAGCUGCUACAAGAUGAACCAGACGAGAGGAUUCGGGGACGAGGGCGUGCUGCACGUUUCCAACGGCUGCCACCAGAUGGAGUUCCUGUGCUUAGCCGGCUGCGCUAACCUCACAGACUCCUCUCUGCUGGCACUGAGCCAAGGCUGCCCCAAACUCAGGACGCAUAGAGGUCGCUGGAUGCUCACUCGAAUUCCAGGCAACUGUGGUGAGUUGAGGAGGAUGGAUUUGGAGGAAUGCGUGCUCAUCUCUGACGCAGCACUGCUGCAUCUAGCAGCCGGCUGCCCCAAGCUACAGAGACUCACUGUUGCAAUGGUGCAAAACCACAGUUAUGUAUUGCAUAAUAUAGAGAUAUAG